AGGCUGACACCAUGGAGAACCAGGGCCCCGCAGUUACUUCAUGCGCGAGUGCCAAACCGGUCAGAACUCUGGCGGACAUCGAGAGGAUAGGGAUGGCAAAACUCAGGCCGGGGCCCCGGUUCUACUACAGCAUGGGCGCUGACGAGGAGUGCACCCUGGCAGAAAACGUACAAGCGUUUAAGAGGCUCCGGCUCCUGCCGCGUCUUCUGCGGGGCGUAGCGGAACGAAGCUUGCAGACCGUAUUGCUGGGACAGCGGGUAUCGUUGCCCGUCGGCCUAUCGCCCACAGCCUUCCACAAGAUGGCCCAUCCCGACGGAGAAGCCGCCACUGCUAAAGCCGCAGAUAAGGCGGGAACCGUGAUGAUCGUCAGCAUAUCAAGCACCACGUCCUUGGAAGACGUCAGGCAGGCAGCCCCAAACGCCCUCCUGUGGUUUCAGUUGUGUAUUCUUGAGGACCGAACGAUCACGCAUCGACUGGUUACAAGGGCAGAGAGGGCCGGCUACAGCGCCAUCGUGUACACUGCGGAUAUUCCAGUGGGUGGCUCGAACACCGAGAAGUUUGGCGACUUUCUGAAGGACUACUCGGAAGAUCUCAGGUUUGCCAACUUUCGAGAAGAGGACGUUGCCAGCACUGGCGGAAAAUUUCAGCCGCGCCAGGUCAUGAACCCGGAGAGUACAUGGUCGGACGUUGCCUGGCUCAAGAGCAUCACCAAACUGCCACUUGUCGUCAAAGGAAUCCUCACUGUCGAAGCGGCCAUUCAAGCGGUUGAACACGGGGCGUCAGCGAUCAUGGUGUCCAAUCAUGGUGGGCGCCAACUCGACUGUGUUCCGGCAACCAUUGACGUGCUGCCCGAUGUCGUCCGCGCCGUGGGACACCGCUGCGAGGUUUACGUUGACGGAGGCGUCCGCCUCGGCACCGACGUCGUCAAGGCGAUCGCUUUAGGGGCGCGAGCAGUGUUCGUCGGAAGGCCGGUGCUCUACGGCCUGGCUUACAGUGGCGAAGAGGGCGUCGUCAAGGUUCUCGAUAUCUUAAGAGCAGAGACGGAUCGGGCCAUGGCGCUCAUGGGCUGCUGCUCCUUGAGCGAACUACACACGGAUAUGGUGGUUCGCCUUGAACGAAUAUCUAAGCUGUGAUGAGCAUCGCACGCCAGUUAUAUGACGGUCCUGACGCAACCGACCACGAGGAUUACGUUUACAUAGACCACCUACCGCCUGGCUUCGAUGCAAAGUACGCCCCCGGUUACAAUACAAUAAACGAAAGAGCAAA